AUGCCGAAGCGAAAACGGCCUCGAGUGAAGUUGAGCGACUGGGUGUCGGCGGGCAUGAUCCCUACCCCACCGAGACUUGAGUAUGAUGCCAGCACCGUCGAGCUGCGCGAGCCCGGGAAAGGAUGGAGAGACGAAGUAGCAGGGUAUCCAGGCCCAGUCAUAAUCCUGAGGAAGAAAGACACGGAUAUAAAUGAAGCCGCACUGUUCAUGGGAAGAAGAGGCGACGAAUUCGUAUGGGCGUAUGAUGGAUCUCCUUCACGGCCUAAUUAUCCUUUACGGCCUCAAACAAAGUGGUCGUGGCUGACUUGCUUUGGCGGGAAAUGCGGCAUCGGGAGUAACAUCGUGUCGAGAAAGGCCUGGACCUUUUCUUCUUACGUAGGGCCACGGUGGGAAGCCAUGGUGGCGAUGAGCACGAUUGUGCUGUACGCCACAGAUGCGGCCAUGUACGAGGACAGAGGAGCACGCAGAAAACUCAGUCAUUUGGCGUUUGAAUCCCGCCAAGAUUGGUCAGUCUUUGAAUGCAUUGUCGCACCGCGCUUCUACAGAUGGCCAACCCAAAAGGAGGGCCAGGCUCUUCAUGACGACGGGGAUUCGGUUAGUGCAAGCGGUUGCAUUCAAGCCAAUGCCUCACAAGAAGAUGAUGCAGAGAAUCAGGACUUGAGUGGUUGGUUUACUUUCUUGAGAGACUUCACAUGCGCCCCUGCCAGUGUCAUCGACGAUACAGCGCUGCUGGCCGAGCUCAAGGUUUUUCUGGACGCCUGGACUUCCACUGAGAUCACGACAUCUGAUAUUCUCGAGAAGAGGAAAUGCUGGACUUCGAUUUACGUUGAUUUGGGCGAGAUUCUGCCUAACCAUUCCAGUGCUUGGUGGGGCCAACUUGGAGCGUGUGAACUUGGAUGGUUCUUGGUCUGGGACGAUCACGGUGCAGAGAUGAUCGUUUCAGUACUGACUAAGAAAAAUCGCCUGAAGCGAGGUCCAAAGGUCCAAGUCCCGGUGCGCGCAAAGCCCCGGCCUCUCGCAUCGGAACUCACGGAUCUCCAGAAAUACACCAAGGAUUUCACCAAGGAUUUCACCAAGAAGAUCGUGAGGGAGGCCAUCAUGGAGAGACUUGACGAGGUGCUGGAUUCUCUGUGGGGAACCCACGGCCCAGUGAACAUAUCCUCCGACCAGAGGGGAGUGAUACGCAGUACUCGAUACUCGGUGCAGAACGAAGCAAGGUCAGCCGGUGCGACGACAUCAGAAGGCCUAGAUAUGGAUGCUAACGAGCUGGGGAUUUGCAUUUACUGA